AUGUUGCCGCAGGAACCGCUGCAGGUCGUCCUGCCGCCGACGACACUAUCCAAGUCGUACCUUCCCGUCGACCACGCGCCCUCUGCAACGCCCACCGUGCUCGCCGACGCCGCACGUGCCCUUCACUCGUCCUCCAGAGACGCCUUACGGAAUGCGCGCUACCAUGACAACAGCGGCCUGGGGUCGACUGCGAAAGGCAUCAUGAUUGGCGUCUUCUCGGUCCUCGGCGCUGCAGGCUUCUGUUUCCUUGUCUUUGCCAUUGUCUACUACUUCCGCUACACGCAACAGGGUCGCAUCUUCCUCGACCGCAUCGCACGGCCGGGCGAGUACGACGAUGAGCAGCAGUUCGCCAAGGAGGAGGCCGAGGCGCUGGAGGACAUGGACGAUCUGCAGGCGGCAGAGUACCUGCGCGCAAAAGCUUUCGUACAGGUCAACCCGCCCGAGUCUGUGCAAACCGACAUAUCCCUCUCGCAGUUCCUCGCCAUCCAAGAGAAAGGCGUCUCUGCGUGGGAGUUUGAACCAGAGCUGGAGAUUGCCAAUUGCUUCGUUGAAGGCCGAACUGAGAUUGAGUUCUUCGACUCGGAGUGCAGCGUCCAAAGCAACCUACCGAUACCGAAGCAGAACGAAGUUUACUACUGGGAGGCUAAGAUCUACGAGAAGCCAGAGAACACAAGCAUUGCGAUUGGCGUCACAACCAAGCCGUAUCCGCUGUUCAGAUUACCAGGCUACCACAAGUCCUCCAUCUCGUACGGAUCCAACGGCAACCGACGCUACAACCAGCCUUUCACACCCUCCGCUUACGGGCCAGCCUACGUCCAGGGCGAUGUUAUCGGAGUUGGCUACAGGCCUCGCACCGGGACCGUCUUCUUUACUCGCAACGGCAAGAAGCUCGAUGAUGUUGCACACGGUCUUAAGACGCAGAACUUCUUCCCUACAGUCGGCGCUCAAGGACCUUGCCAGGUACACGUCAACUUCGGACAGAUGGGCUUUGUCUUCAUCGAGGCCAACGUAAAGAAAUGGGGCCUUGCCCCACAGACUGGCAGCUUGGCACCGCCACCACCAUACGGCAGCGAACAGGGAUCGAUUCUCCUGGAUUCUGGUCGUGACGGCAUCAGGGAAGGCAUGGCUGGCAACUACAUUUCCGCGGGUUAUGGACAUGCACGAUCUAGUAGCCAGCAAGUGCGUCUUGGACGUAAUCAACCCACAAGCCCUGGUCCUCAACGCAGCCCCACUGACAUCUCCCUGGCAGCAUUCAGCUUGGUGGACUCGAACGAAGACAUUGGCGAAGGAACAAGUGCAGAGGCCAGCAAUGUGCACGAUGUAGCUCAUGAGACCGCUCGUGGACUCGGAUUCCUACAACCCGGGGAAUUCCCACCAGAAUACACCAGUCCUCUUGGGUCGCCCAACCUCGAGGCUGGCCGCCGCAUGCGCGACUACUGGGAAGAACGCGAGCAAGCACCGCUCUUGCAAAACCAGCAGGAGGAGCCAGGGUCAGCGCGGCCUCUACCCAGCUACGACGCCGCUGUCGCUGCUGCACCACAUAUUCGACCGCCCACAAUCAGGGUGCGAAGCUCCACGCAGACGUCUCGAACGCCCCGCGGAGGGCCACGAUGA